AUGUGGAGAAGCAAUGUCAGCAGGGUGAGGAACUGUCCCUCUACCGCAGUAUGGCGCAAUACCAGGCGGUACAGCUCGCAGAGCAAAUCCGUCACGAUAGAAGAAUUUGAGAAUGCUUUGAAGGGGAUCAGUAGCACUGAGGGCGUCGCAAGGUGGCGCGUUGGCAAGGGGGUCACUCCGACUAUGGGCCUCGCUAUCAGUGGAGGGGUGGAUUCUAUGGCACUUGCCUCGUUGUUUGCUAGAAGCGCAGCCUUGUCCGAGUCCAAGUAUCCCCGGCGCGCUCAUGCAUUUAUUGUGGAUCACAAAGUCCGCUCAGAGAGCGCCGAAGAAGCAGAGUGGGUUGCUGAACAGUGCCGCACCAAGUUUGGCAUGCAGGCCUCUGUUCUGCCUCUCACUUGGCCUGCCACAUUCGACCCACUCGAUCAUAAGCGAUUCGAAACGGACGCACGUACUUUACGAUAUCAGGCACUUGGUCUGGCCUGUCGCCAGGCAGGCAUUCGAGAACUGCUCGUCGCACACCAUGCCGACGACCAGGCUGAGACGGUAUUGAUGCGCCUCGCAAAUAACCGCCUGCGGUCGGGCCUACAAGCCAUGCAACCUGUCGAAUGGAUUCCGGAGUGCUAUGGCAUACAUGGUGUGUCACACAGCGGAGUUGUAAGAGAGUUCAAUCAUCACGCGGCUUCUCAAUUCGAGAGCGGUGGCGUGCGUGUCCUUCGACCUCUGCUCGGCUUCGACAAGUCGCGACUCAUCGCUACAUGCGAACAAAAUGAUGUGGCUUGGGCUGAAGACAAGACGAACCACAUUCAGACAUAUACAACGCGAAAUGCGGUUCGCCAUAUCCUAAAGAGCUAUCACAUGCCCGCUGCUUUGAGUAUCAAGUCGCUGGUGAAAUUGUCUAACGACAUGCAAGAACGUGUCAGUUCGCACAAGGCUCAAGCGCAUCGACUGUUGGAACGCUCUCCAAAACGACUCAACAUACAAGUGGGCUCGCUGUAUAUUCAAUUCCCUCGCUUACGGGAGCUUCUGGACACUCCAACGAUCAACAAACCGGUCGAAAAAUGGACUCACUCUGAAUGGAAUAAUGCCAGAAAUACUGCUACAUGUCUCCUUGUACAAGCUGGUCAACUGGUUUCACCGCGCGAGGUUACCCCGCCAGGCGAGAUUGCAUCCACACUCGCAGACAUCUGGCCCGAAUUUGGCGAGACUGAAGAGAACGAUUCUCCGCAGGGUCGGUUGGCUGGAAUCAAGACUAGCCACUGUGUCCAUGGCAUAUGGUGGCGUAAAUGCGACAGCCCAUCAAUCUGCACAUCACCUACUUCGCAGCAGUCCGAGUGGCUUCUUACACGUCAACCUCUGGAAAGCCACAGGUCCAACGGCACCUCAGCAAGCAUUCGUUAUCCGCCAUCGCACGAGAUCCCACUUACUCAGGAUCCUCUAGAUUUCUCGGCAAGCAAGGGCGAACGUGGCUUCCAACUCUUCGACGGACGCUGGUGGAUAAGCGUCCAGAAUUUCUCCAUCGACACUCUGGUUCUACGGCAUUUCACUAAGGCAGACCUUGACCACAUGGCCCCCUUGAAAAAUGCUAAGCGAGGUGGGCCGGAGCAGAUCACUGCCAUUGCCCUCUCUCUGCUCAAACCCGCAGACAUCCGGUUUACACUGCCGGCAUUGUUCCAGCACGACACAGCUACCAAAGUGGAAACUCUUAUCGGGUUCCCAACACUGGACGUCAGCAUGGGGAAACUAGGGAGCCCUGAGGGUAUCUGUUCAUGGCGCGUGCGUUACAAGACGCUCGACAGCGACAUCCGAGCAGGCCUUGCCAUCGAUUGCAAAAGCGACCGUGAAUUCGAUCCAGGCGUAACGCAUGCUGUGAUUGAGGACCACCUAGCUAGGUCCAACAAGGUGUCGAAAAAGAAGCUGGGGCCAGGUAAGGGAAAACCGCGUCGCAACUCCGACAAUGCAAUCUCACCCCAGCCAAGGCAGAGUCGCAAGACCCAGCCACUCAACCUUAGGGACCAAUCAGGCAGAGCAGAUCAGUCCACGUCUAAACAAAUCUCUUCUUUCUCUGAAAGGGAGACAGCGCGCAGGCAGAGAGCUGUCCCCCUCAUCCCGACUGCAGAGUCCGAACGAUGCGGUCGGUCGGAGAAGAAGAAAGGUGGUGGAUACAACAUCAAGUGGGAGGACUUUAACAAUCGAUUCAGUUAG